UCUAGCCAAGGCUUCAAACAAUGAUACGACACCUCACUUACAAAACAUCACCUUUAAUGCUACCGCUAUAUGAGUGAGGAGGUAGGAGACAUAUAUAGUGAGAGGAACCCAUACCACCAUACUGUAACCUCGUCUCCUCUGAUGAGAAAGAGAUGAUGAGAGAGGGUGAUGCAUGUGUUACGCUUCUAAGAAGCAAGCUCCAUGGUCUGGUCGAAAGGAACCGUGCUCUGGAAGAGGAGAACAAGCAAUUGAGACACCAAGUGAGCCGAUUAAAAGGUCAGAUCUCCUCUCUUGAAGGCCAGGAUACUGAUAAGAAGAUGCUAUGGAAGAAGCUGGAGAAUUCUGCAACCAGCAUCAGCUACUCCAAGGAAAAGCAGUUUGUCCAAAGCAAUGAUGAUGCAAAGGAAGCCAUGGAUCUCAACAGCUCAUUGUGUCACAGAAGGCAGCAAUUCUCCAGGGCAACACUAGUGAGAUCAAGGGCGCCAAGGGUUCCAAAUCCACCGCCCAAUCCGACAUGCACCCAACCAAAGACAACUGUCAGAAAGGAAGGAUGCAUGGCCCCUCCUCCUCCUCCACCACCUCCACUACCUUCCAAGUUGCAGAGGAGCACAAAGGCGAUACAAAGGGUACCAGAGGUAGUCGAGUUGUACCGGUCGUUGGUGCGGCGUGAAGGAAAAAAUGAUGCAAAGUCUGGAUCUGUAGGAAUUCCAGCAGCAACGAACAGCAGAGAGAUGAUUGGGGAGAUUGAGAACAGAUCAGCUUAUGUUUUAGCUAUUAAAUCAGACGUAGAAAAUCAAGGCAAUUUUGUGAACUUCCUUGCAAGUGAAGUUCAAAAUGCAGCAUACAAAGAGAUAGCUGAUGUUGAAGAGUUUGUGAAAUGGCUUGAUGGGGAAUUGUCAUACCUUGUGGAUGAAAGAGCAGUGCUGAAACACUUCCCUAACUGGCCUGAGAAGAAAGCAGAUGCCAUGAGAGAAGCAGCAUUCAACUAUCGAGAUCUGAAGAACCUAGAGUCAGAAGCAUCAUCCUUCCAUGAUGACAGAAGAGUGGCUACACCUAUGGCUCUCAAGCGCAUGCAAGCUCUGCAGGAUAAAAUUGAACAAGGUAUUCAUAACACUGAACGAGUAAGGGACAGUGCAAGCGGAAGAUAUAAGGAUCUUAAGAUACCAUGGGAAUGGAUGCUCGACUCUGGAGUCAUAAGCCAACUAAAGAAGGCUUCCUUGAAGCUUGCAAAAGAGUACAUGAACCGCAUUGUCAACACACUGAAGUCAGAUCCAUUUGCGAAUGACGAGGAGCUACUUCUGCAAGGUGUCCGCUUUGCCUUCCGCAUACAUCAGCUUGCUGGUGGCUUUGACGAAGGAUGCAGAAAAGCAUUUCAAGAACUAAAAACUUAUGCAAGCAAGUCAGAGUGAUCAGAAUUCAAGUGCGUCCAAAUAAAGUUGAGAUCACACAUAGAUUAUAUGAGACACAUAGAUUAUUAAGUUUUGCCGAGGUUGGCUCAAAGGGGACUCCACCAAAUCUUGAGGACAACGCUCAAUUUUAUAAAGUUUAAUUUAUUUGGCAUCA